GAAGGUGGGUGGAGAACAAGGCGGGGCCUGCAGGCAGAGACAGGAUAAUGGUUUGGUUAAGGCAGGUGAUGCCAGGCAAGUCACUUAAGCCACAGGGUCAGCAGGUAGACACUGUGUGGGCUUCAUUUUCUGGAGGCUGCAUUUGAGACGCUGUCUGUGGGGUCACUGAGAGCCAGCGCCCCUGGAGCCUGGCUACCCAACGUGGAAAUGUCUCUCGUGCCAGAGACCGGCCUCACCGACUGGUCGUUUUCUUCCCUCCUUUUCCGGGAGACAUUCCGGCUGCGAAGGAAAGUUUGCCAGUGGGAAGCGAAGGUGAAAAUGAGCGACGGUCUCAGGGCACCCUAGGCCGGGAGCAGAAGCAGGGCCUCGCUCUCGGACCCAGGCUGCAAUUCCCAACUACUUCUUGCUGUUUGUGAUCAACUGGCGCACCUGGAAUUAGCCCCUUGCAUUAGCUCCUCCUGCCCAGAGCAGUGCCCCAGGCCGAGGCCCUAAGCCCAGGGGAGCACCCCACUCCAUCCCCAUCACCGGGGGCUGCUCGGGGGUGGCACGAGCUUGUUUGGUCUCCGCUCGCUGAACAAGGGGCUGUUGGGUGCUCUCGGGAGCUGCUGAAAGUGCAGAACCAGGCCACGCUCCUCGGGAAUAAGCAGCCGUUUGACCUAGUUCCUCCCCCUGCUCCAGGGGCCGGCGGGACUCCAGGCGAGCCGCUGAAUCCCACUUGGCCUUCGCCCCUCGGUUCCGCGAGCUAAUCCUGGGCUGGAAGCUGUGGGCUUUGGGACCCUGAAGCCCCCUGACUGCCGGUCCUCUGCUGCUCUCCUCCGAGAGCUCCUUUCCAGCAGGUGCCUGGGCCCUGCCUCUCCCCGGCCAUGGCCCCUGCCUUCGGGGGCCGGGCAGCGCCGGGCGCUCCGCUGCCGCCCCGCGCUCCCUAGUCCCCCGGUGCGGGGCGGGCGGAGAGGGGCCAUUGGGGGCGGGGGGCUGCGCCCGAAGUUACAAAUAGCCGAGAUAGAAAAACACCAGCCCCGGGUGCAGCUUCGCUUCCUGCACAGCGCGCACCGCGGAACCGCAGCCGCUGCAGCUGCACCCUGACUUCCUCCCCCAGCCCCAGCCCCAGCUCCAGCCCGCGCCUGCUGCAAUCGCCGAGCCGAGCCGAGCCGAGCCAGGGGCUGCCCGGGCCGACGGGACGCCGGCUCGCCCCUCGGAGCCGCGUGGAGAUGGAGCCCCGCCGGGGAGCAGCCGCGCCUCGCACCCGCUGCUGAGCGCGGAGAGUUCCUGGGACGGCUCCCCCGGGUGCAGGCGGGGGGCUCUGAGCUGGCCCCCGCUCUCGCCUGCCCCUCGCACUUUGGGAGGAAAGUUUCCUCCUUUCUGGCCCCUUCCUCUUUUCCAAUCUGGAUUUGGGAGCCUGGAAGCAGCUUUCUGGGCUGGGCAGGAGCCGCAGGAUGGGCAACGCGGCCGGCAGCGUGGACCAGGCUCCGGCCAAGGAGACCAAGACCCAGCCACCAGCCACAGCUCUGCCGGCCAAGCAGCCCGCGCCCCCGAAGCAGCCCAUGCCCAGCGCUGGGGAGCUGGAGGAAAGAUUCACCCAUGUGCUGGAUUCCAUGAACUUGCCGCCCGACAAGAUGAAGCUGCUUAGCCAGUAUGACAGCGAGAAGAAGUGGGAGCUGAUCUGUGACCAGGAACGAUUCCAGGUCAAGAACCCCCCCUCUGCGUACAUCCAGAAACUGAAGAGCUACUUGGAUACGGGCGGAGUCAGCAGAAAGGUGACCUCCGAUUGGCUGAUUGCCAUGGCGUUUAAGAGGCGAGUGCAGGAGUCCACACAGGUGCUCCGAGAGCUGGAGAUCUCGCUGAGGACCAACUAUAUCCGCUGGGUGCAGGAGUUCCUGAACGAGGAGAACAAGGGGCUGGACGUGCUGCUGGAAUACCUCGCCUUCGCCCAGUGCGCCGUCACGUACAAUAUGGAGAGCGCAGAUAACGGGAGCCCGGGCUCUGACAAGGGCAAGUCCCCGGACAGAUCCAUGGAGGACCUCAGCAAGAGCAACUCCUCGUCCCCCACACAGGGCUCCUCCAAAACGAGGAACCUGACUAUCAGGUGCUGCCACUUGAACCAGCAGAUCCACACAUUCUUUCAACAAGUCCACCCAAGCGUUCCCUCCAGCGCCCCUUGGAGCGAUCAGGAGAGUAAACCCAGGCCACCUAUGAACUCCUAUGCGCCCCGACUUAACCCGGUGCACAGCAGGAAGGCACUGCGGAACUCGCGCAUCAUCAGCCAGAAGGACGACGUCCACCUCUGCAUCAUGUGCCUACGCGCCAUCAUGAACUACCAGUCUGGAUUCAGCCUGGUGAUGAACCAUCCAGCCUGUGUCAACGAGAUCACCUUGAGCCUGAACAAUAAGAACCCAAGGACCAAAGCCCUCGUCCUGGAGUUGCUGGCCGCCGUGUGCCUGGUCCGAGGAGGGCACGACAUCAUCCUCGCUGCCUUCGACAACUUCAAAGAGGUCUGCGGAGAGAAGAAUCGCUUUGAGAAGCUGAUGGAGUAUUUCCGAAAUGAGGAGAGUAACAUUGACUUCAUGGUGGCCUGCAUGCAGUUUAUCAACAUCGUGGUGCACUCGGUGGAGAACAUGAACUUCCGCGUCUUCCUGCAAUACGAGUUCACUCACCUGGGGCUGGAUGAGUAUCUGGAGAGGCUGCGUUACACGGAGAGUGACAAGCUGCAGGUGCAGAUCCAGGCAUAUCUGGAUAACAUCUUCGAUGUGGGCGCCCUGCUGGAGGACACAGAGACCAAGAAUGCUCUGCUGGAGCACGUGGAGGACCUACAGGAUCAAGUGGGGCAGCUCACAGAGAAGCUCCAGGAUGCGGAGAACGAGUCAAUGGCCAAGAUCGCGGAGCUGGAGAAACAGCUGAGCCAGACACGCCGUGAAGUAGAGACACUCCGGGAGCGGCUCAGCGAAUCCAGCAGCCAAGCCAGCUCCCCCCCACAGCAGCAGCAGAGGCUGGCGGAUGCCCGUCCCUCGGCCUUGGAGCAGAAGCUGGAGGAGCUGGAGGAGAAAGGGUUAGUCCGGAUCCUGCGUGGGCCAGAGGGAGCCGUUGCCAUCGAGAUUGUCCCUGUCGUCAUGGAAACCACAGCAGUCCCCACGGUUACUGUAGAAGCCUCCGCCUCUACCAGUACAGAUUUGGCAUCUCCUUCCAUUUGCUCCCCACUGCCGCCCCCUGCUGCUGCCCAGACGAUUCCUCCGCCUCCCCCACUGCCCCACACCGAAGACACCGGCUCUGCCAACCUGCCUUCUCAGCAGCAAACCCAACCUUCUGCACCCCCUCCAGCUCCACCUCUUCCUGGGAGCGACACGCCUCCACCUGCCCCGCCCCUUCCCGGGGUGGAAAUCCCACCACCUCCUCCCCUCUCGGUGGAGGGCGGCCCAGCCCCUCCUCCCCCUCCGCCCCCACCCCUGGGAAUGCCAGCGGGGGAGCUCAGUGGCCCAACCGCCGCAGCCAGUUCGGCCGUCAAGAUCAAGAAGCCGAUUCAAACCAAGUUCCGAAUGCCCAUCUUCAACUGGGUGGCUCUGAAACCCACCCAGAUCAACGGGACCAUCUUCAACGAGCUCAACGACGAGAAGGUCCUGCAGGAACUGGACAUGAACGACUUUGAGGAGCAGUUCAAGACGAAGGCUCAGGGCCCUAGCUUAGACAUCAGCACCCUGAAGGUGAAGGCUGUUCAGAAGGCCCCUAGCAAGGUGACGCUGAUCGAGUCCAACCGAGCCAAGAACCUGGCCAUCACGCUCCGCAAGGGCGGCCUCAGCAUCGACAGCAUCUGCAAGGCCAUCCAGACGUACGACUUGAAGAGCCUGAGCCUGGAUUUCCUGGAGUUGCUGCAGCGCUUCCUGCCCACCGAAUAUGAGCUAACGCUGAUCCGCAAGUACGAGAAGGAGCAGCGGCCGCUGGAGGAGCUGUCGGACGAGGACAUCUUCAUGAUCAAAUUCAGCCAAAUUCCUCGCCUCGCCGAGCGCAUGAACAUCAUGACCUUCCUGGGCAACUUCAGCGACACCGCCCAGCCUCCAGGACUCGAUGAGAUCCGCGAGCAGGGGUUUGGGGACGCUGAGAAGCACCGCAGGCCUCCAAAGAAAGCGUGGGGGCCUUGUGCUGAUGGGGGAGGGGUGGUUUGUGCUGAGCAGGAAGCAGUCUCUGCAGGCGCUUUGGACCCAGGCUGUGCCUUGCUGGCCCCUCUCACCUGCUCCUCCCUCUGUCGGCAGCAACUCAACGCCGUCAUCGCCGCCUCCAUGUCCCUCAAGUCCUCGACCAAGCUCCGCAACAUCCUGGAGAUCGUCCUGGCCUUCGGGAACUACAUGAACAGCAGCAAGCGCGGAGCAGCCUACGGCUUCCGGCUGCAGAGCCUCGAUGCGCUGCUGGAGAUGAAGUCAACAGACCGGAAGCAGACGCUGCUGCACUACAUCGGGCGGGUGAUCAUGGAGAAGUACCCGGAGCUGACGGGCUUCCACACCGAGCUGCACUUCCUGGACAAGGCGGGCUCAGUGUCCCUGGACAGCGUGUUGCAGGACAUGAGGGCCCUGCAGCGGGGCAUGGAGCUCACCCGCAAGGAGUUCAUGCGGCAGGACGACAGCCAGGUGCUCAAGGACUUCCUCAAGGCCAACACCGAGGUGAUGGAGAAGCUGCAGACUGACAGCAAGACCGCCCAGGAGGCCUAUGAGUCAGCUGUGGAGUACUUCGGGGAGAACCCCAAGACCAGCCCCCCCACCAUGUUCUUCCCUAUAUUUGUGCGCUUCGUCAAGGCCUAUAAGAAAGUGGAGCAGGACAUCGAGCUGUGGAGGAAAGAGGAAGCAGCUGCCAAAGAAGUGGAGUCCAAUUCCCCCAGCAAGCCGGAGCCAAAGUGUCCUGCCCCCAAGGCCAAGCGCCAGCAGAUGGACAUGAUCGCUGAGCUGAAAAAGAAGCAGAUGGUGAAGGAGCCCCUCAUUUACGAGGAAGGAGAUGGCGCCAUUGAGGACAUUAUUUCAGGUCUGCGGAACCAGCCGUACAGGCGUGGCGACACCGGCCGGUGCAGCGCCAAGAAACGACCCACUGGCCAGACCCUCCAGGUGACCUCUGACAUCUCGCUGUGACCGCCCCACCUGGAGGAGGCCAGCCAGCAGUGCCACUCUGCCCCGCCAGGGGAGAAGAGGUGGAUGUGACCCACAGGAACUGGGCCACCAUGGCCACUGGCCUGAACCAAGGACUCUCACACCAAUGGGAGAAUCCGUGCUCGCCGCUUCAAGCCGCUUAACUGCUCAGAGUGCCAGCUGGUGCCAUGCAAACCCUCCCCCCUGCCCCCAAAUCAGCCAUGCACCCGGCAUGCCUGGCACAGGGCUUCCCCCACUGGCCAGGCAGCGGACGAGUCAGUGGCUGUGGGGAAGGGGGAAUGUUGCGCGUGUGGCAGCUGCUUGAGCUCCACAGGGGAGACCAGAGGGGGGUUAGGGCCCCAUCCCUCUUCUCCCUCAAGCAACACCACAUGCUGGGCCGGAGCACAGCCACUGAGGGGGUUCUGCCCACGGUCUGUUCUAGCCCUGCCUUCCUGCUUGCCAAUUUCACUUCGGGUUACAGUCCAUGGGCUGCAUCUUGUACGGUGACCUCCCUUCUCCUGCUGCUGUAGGGCUGACCCUGACCCCAGCCCCCCAAUAGGCCUUGACACUGCCUUG